GCCUUGAGAAGAUCGCCGUUCGAGUAGAAUCUUUCGGUCAAGCUAAAGCAAGCCCUAGGGGUCUUGCCAUAUCCCCGGAGAUCCGAUCCAGGCGAGAAGGCCACCUUUUUCUUGAUCAUGAAGAAGACGAAAUCGAACAAGGCUUCUUCGCAGGAAUUACAGAACGGCCAUACUCCAUCCUCUAAAUUCCUCAAAUUGCUCGAUCCCCAGGCUUCGUGGGAUAAGGAUAAUUUGGGGGAUACCCUGCAUUGGAUCCGGCAGGGAUUGGGUCUUUCCUGCGGGUUGUUGUGCGGCGCAGUACCUUUGAUUGGGGCUUUCUGGAUUGUAGCAUUUAUGGUGCUAUCAACCAGCAUUAUCUAUGGCUAUUACACGUAUGUACUAAAACUAGAUGAAGAAGAUUUUGGAGGUCAUGGAGCAUUACUUCAGGAGGGUCUUUUUGCAUCAUUUAGCCUGUUUUUGCUUUCGUGGAUUGUCAUAUACAGUUUAUUACACUUUUAAAGACGGUCAUCACGUUUGAAUUCCUCUCUGAAAUCCAGAUGCAACCCGUGGAGUUUAAUGCCCAUCAGUUUGGUGUUGAAUGGAUUGGAAUCUGUUAGUUUCUUUUUUAUCUAGAAUUAUAUGGACAGCGGAAUGCACCACUGCUUAACGUUUUUCUUGUUCAACUAUCCUUGACACAUGAUUUUUAGCAGUAAUAAGGUGCGAGAGUAUUUCACUGAUGGCUCAUGAAGGAGAACGAGAGCCGUGUGCAAAUCAUAUUUGAAUUGUCGUCAUUUGGAUCAUUUUAGUUUUAGUUUUUUUAAUUGGGCAAAGGUAAAUUCAUAUUUGAAUUG